AUGGAGGAGUAUCCGACAGGUUUCAGGUUCUAUCCUACCGAGGAAGAGCUCAUCUCGUUCUAUCUGCACAACCAGCUUCACGGCCAUAAGCAAGACAAAAUUCACCGUGUCAUCCCAGUCCUCCACAUCUUUGACACUGAGCCAUGGAAUCUCCCACAGCUUGCUGGAGAGCUGUGCAGAGAAGACAGAGAGCAGUGGUUCUUCUUCGCGCCCAUGCAGGAGAGGGAGGCCAGAGGAGGGCGGCCCAGCCGGAGCCUGGCCACUGGCUACUGGAAGGCCACUGGGUCUCCCAGCUACGUCUACUCGUCUGACAACAAGGUUAUCGGCAUGAAGAAGUCAAUGGUUUUCUAUGUGGGAAAAGCUCCCAAAGGACGAAAAACGCAGUGGAAACUAAACGAGUACAGGGCCAUUGAACUCUCGCCCACCAAUACCAAUUCAUCAAGCAGUAACAUUUCCAUUCCUAAGCUGAAGCGGGAAUUUACGCUGUGCCGAGUGUAUGUGGUAUCCGGGACCUCUCGAGCAUUUGAUCGCCGGCCACUGGAAGCGGUGGCUGGAGAGACAACAAUCCAGGUUGGUGGCCGUGCUGCUAGCAGCGGAGGCAGAGGCGCUGGAUGUGCAGAUGUAUCAUCGUCAGGAAUAGUAGCAGGCGAUGUAGGAAGUUCCAAUCAAUGGGAGACGGCAAAUUUGGAAGAACCAAUGUGGGAUUGGGACCAGCUGAAUUGGCUCUAA